UGUCGGAGUGACGCGGUGGCCAUUGGCUGCUGAAGUAGCCGCUCUGAUAAGGACGAGCCAGACGCUGGGCUGAAGCAGACUUUGUCCAGGAGGGUGGAAUGAGCUCACAGUCUGCACCUGCCUGUCUGUGUGUCGGUCACUUCCACAGCUGUGUGAUGAGUGAACUGGACCAUAAGGGACUCAGGUCGUACAAUCGUUUUCAGAGUGACCUGCGCUGCACGAGAAGCUGGACUCCUCUCUGCUCAUGAGUGGGCGGUAGACAGUCCAGAGGAAGCCCUUUCACCUGCUCUAUAAACUCCUCUCAGUUUUACUGAAAGGUGGGGUCACUGUGCAGGAGAUUUCAGUGAAGCUGUGGGUUCCAGCAAGGACCACCAUGGAGACGAAGCUGAAGGAGCUGCGGCAGAAAUUGGAGAAGCAAUGCCAGGUCAACCAGGAGCUGCAGAACCACAACCAGGACCUGGAGAAGAGGUUGAAGGAGAAGGAGAGGCUGCUGGAGGAACUGCAGAGUCGUCUGGAUGAGCUGGAGGGUCAUUCCCCAAGGGAAAGCAAUGACGGUGUUCAGGAGGUACGGCAGAGCAGGACAGCAGUCAUGGCUCUGGAGCCAAUCCCAGAAGACCUGGACAUCCAAACCACUAAAGUCAAAAAGACUGCAGGUGAGAGAGCUCAGAUCAUAAAGGCCAUGGGGAAGAAUGACUUCCUGAGUCGUUUGGAUGAAGAACAGAUCAGCAUGAUGGUGGAGUUGCUGACCUCUCUGGACCGUUGCCCUGGUGACAAGAUCAUCAAAGAGGGCACAGAGGGCGACAGCAUGUACAUCGUUGCAGCCGGUGAACUCAAAGUUACUCAGUCAGGGCGCGACCUGCGGACUUUGACUUCUGGGGAUGUUUUUGGAGAGCUGGCCAUCCUGUACAACUGUAAAAGGACUGCAUCGGUUGAAGCGGUCACUGCUGUCAGGUUAUGGUGCAUUGACAGACAAACAUACAGAAGCAUCAUGACCAGCAAAUCCAAGAAGAAGCGAGAACAGCUGAUGGGCUUCUUAAAGACCGCUCGGACUCUAAAAGCUCUGAAUGAAGAGCAGCUCUCUAACAUCAUUGACUCUAUGGAGGAGGUCAAGUUUCAGGACACUGAGGUGAUCGUGCGAGAAGGUGCUGAGGGAGACACAUUUUACAUCAUCCUCAAAGGAGAGGUCCUGGUAACAAAGAAAGUGAACGGGCAGCAGAAAGUCAUCCGUAAAAUGGGCCAAGGGGAACACUUUGGAGAACUCGCCCUCAUACGUGCCAUUUUGAGGACGGCUACCUGCACGGCUGUGGGCGAAGUCACCUGCUUCUCCAUCGAUAAAGAGGUUUUUGAGGAGACCAUUCCUAUAGAAAGUCUGGAACUACAUGAUGAUUCAGAUCUGGAGAACACGGUCACUUCAGAGAAAGAGAGGUUUGAGUCUUCUCUAAAGCUGAAGGAUCUGAUCCCCAUCCUAUACCAGGAGGGCCGUUACCAAGGCGAACCCGUCACCCUCGGCCUGGGGGGUUUUGGACGAGUGGAACUGGUAACAACACUGCAUCAUGGGAAGUACUUUGCCAUGAAGAAGGUCAGCAAGAAGCUCAUAGUGGAGAAGCGUCAGGGACCCCAUGUCAUAUUUGAGAAGAGAAUUCUUCAGGAUAUUGAGAGUGACUUCAUUGUCCGGCUCCAUGCAGCCUUCAAAGACACACGGUACAUCUACAUGGUCAUGGAGUUCUGCUCAGGGGGAGAAAUCUGGACCAAGCUGAAAGAAGUAGGCCGUUUUGAUGAGAAUAUUGCUGUGUUUGUAUCGGCAUGUGUGGUCGAGGCCUAUGCAUAUCUGCACAAGAAAAAUAUCAUGUACAGAGACCUGAAGCCAGAGAACCUGAUGCUGGACUCUAAAGGAUACGUCAAACUGGUGGAUUUUGGCUUUGCUAAGGAGCUCAAGCGGGGCCAGAAGACAUACUCUUUCUGUGGGACCCCUGAAUACAUGGCCCCAGAGAUCAUUCAAAACCAUGGCCAUGACUUUGCUGCUGAUUUCUGGUCACUCGGUGUUCUUGUCUUUGAACUCCUGGUAGGCAGCCCGCCUUUCUCCAGCUCUGAGCCGCAGAAGAUUUAUGCCAAGAUUUUGGAUGGUGUGAUGAAGUUCCCCCCGUACAUGGGAGAGGGUGCUAGAUCUCUUAUUAACAAGCUCUGCAGACCCCGUCCAGGUCAGAGGUUAGGCAACACCAAAAACGGGAUCAAAGACGUCCGUCAUCACAGGUGGUUUAACAGUAUAAACUGGCACAAACUGAGGAUGGGACAGAUCGACGCUCCAACAAUCAGACUCAUCAGAAAGGGUCCCUGCUACAUAAACUUUGACCGCUUCCCUUUCGAUAAGACCCAGGCGGAGGAGGAGUUCUCCGGGUGGGAUCGAGAUUUCUGAGCAGGGGGACUUCCUCAGGCUUACUUACUUUCCAGAACUUUCUAAAACCGUUAUGUUGCCGUGCCUGAUUAUGAGACAUGGCGGUUAAUUGAAGACUACACUAGUGUUACGCCUUUGUCAUAAAGGUUCUUGGUAAUACUACUGGGUGGAGAUCUUUUCUUGGAUGUUGUAUGGUAAUGUUCUAAGCCAGGGCGACCUAGUCCUGGUCCUGGAACUCUACCAUCUUGGAGAAUUGAUAUCCAUCACACCUGGCUGUGAUAUACAGAAGCCCCUGAAGGUCUUCAUUACCCACAUUAGGUGUGUUAGGUUAGGAUUGGAGGGUGGUAGAUCUCCAGCUCCAGAACUCGGCACCCUUGUUCUGAAGCAGUAAUAUUUUUUUUAUGUUUUUGAUUGUUUACACUUUAUCUGCAUAGAAAAGUUGAUGUGUACAGAUGUGUGAUGAAUGUUCUUUUGCACAGAGAGGCACAUUUGUGUUAAUGUACACCUGGAUGAAGACAAGGUGGAUCUGCAUCUGCAUCGUUUAGAAGAACCUUUUUAUUAUCUCUACUGUAUUGUACUAUUGACUGCCACAGAUGCUACUUUAGUUGUGAUUUUGUGCACUUAAAUCUGAAACAAUCUGAAAACCUAUUAUUUCAAAACAUACUCCCUGUUUCAUCCUAACGCCUGUAUUUCACUGUAGAUUCACAUUCAAGUUAUAUACAGUUAAAUACAACAAAAGUCAGACUACCCUACAUUUAUUUCCAAUCAAAACAGCUGUUAAAUAUGAGUUGUUUAUGUUUCAGUAGAUAUUCCUGACAAGAUUAUAUGUGAGAUAAUCUAGGAAGGAAGGAAGCUUUUAUCUUAGAGAGAGAGGAGAAGAUCAAGCUCCUUCAGAUCUGAAAACAUGGGUCUGAAAGGAUGUGUAACUGUUCAAGAAGAACCUCACCGAGAAAAGGAGACGGACACAUCAAACAAAGAAGCUCAAC